AGAAAGGCUACGAUAGCGCUUCUCAGAAAGUGCUAAGAAACAGUAGUUAGAAAAGCUACUUUAAUAGCAAUAGAAUAAGGCUAUAUUAGCGCUUUUCUGAAAGCGCUAUUAACGUAUUGCUAUUUAAUAGCGUUUGAAAAGCGCUAUUAUAGGCUCCUGGCCUAUUAUAGCGGGGGCUUUCUUAGCGCUUGGAAAGCGCUAUUAACAUCCAAAAUGAGUGCUAUUAAAGGGGGUAUUUUGUAGUAGUAUACCACUUAUAUCAAUCUAUUGUUCACCUUUACUACUCUAUCUAGAGAGAGAGAGAGAGAGAGAGAGAGAGAGAGAGAGAGAGAGAGAGAGAGAGAGAGAGUUAAGAGUCGUACUCUUGAAGCUUCCAAAAUUUCUCUUUUCCUUCGUCGAGCGGCACUUAAGUGUGUUGGCCUCAACUCAAUUGGGUUGACUUGGUGGGUAACCCAAUUGUUUUGGAUUGAAUAGCUAAGUUGUAGAUAAAAUUCCUUUUUGCUAAUAAUUUAGAUUUUCUUUUAAGGAAAUGUCAAUAGUUUCUAUGUUAUCGAAGAUGAAGUAGUGUACAUGAAAUAAGGCAUAUAAAGUGGAUGUUAUCCAAAUAAUAUACUAAUUUUAAAAUGUAUGCCACAUGCUAGGUUACAAAUAUAAAUUAUAAUUAAAGUAUUAAACCAAUAAACUAGAGGAAUUUGAUAGUAUUUUUUUUUUUUUUUUUUGUUUGAGGGAAGUGUUGUUCACUUCUUUACUACUAUAUCUAUAGAGAGGCAUAGGGAAUUAAUAUCCAACAAAACAUACAAAUAAUAUAUAUGCUCAUUAAGUGAAUCAAAAUGAAUUCUGUUUGUUCACUUACCAUCCUUUCCCUUUCCUUCCUCCUCUUUGUUUUCAUCACAAAUCUUUCACUAGUUUUCUCAAAUGACAAUGUUGAGAUAGUAGUGGACAAAAAUGGCAUCCCCCUUAUCCCAGGUACCAGUUAUUACAUUUCGCCAGCAAAUACCGGUGGACGAAUUACACUAGGUAAAACUGUUGAUUCAGAUUGUUCUUUUCUUGUGUUACAGGAUGAUGAAAAAAUGAUUUACGGUCGACAGGUGAAAUUCAGCUUAUCCGUCGGAAUAAUCCCGGCUAGUUUAAUCUUCACGAAUACCGCGCUAGACAUUGAGUUCGUAUAUAAGGAUAGUUGUGUUGAAUCAUCAAAAUGGUUGAUAUUUGUUGAUAAUGUUAAUAACAACAAAUCAUUUGUUGGUAUUGGUGGUCCUGAAAACUAUCCUCAAGGUACACAAAUAUUGAAUGGAAAAUUUAAUAUUAAGAAAUCUGGAUCUGAAAAUGCUUAUAAGUUUGGAUUUUGUGUUAAGGAAACUCCUAGUUGUUGGGAUAUUGGGAGGUAUAUGAGUAUAGGUGAAGAAGGUGGAAGACGUUUGAGUUUUAAUGCUACUGAAGAUUUUGAGGCUGUGUUUGCUGCUAUUGCUACUUGAAUUUUAACUAGAUUAUGUAACUUUAAAUUCUUUUUAUGAAUUAUGUUCUUCCAUAAUUU